AUGAACACAGUGACAGACGACGCGAAGAACCUCGACGCCCAAGAUUCCGCAGACCUCGACGCACACGAUCCCGCCGACCUCGACGCACACGAUCCCGCAGACCUCGACGCACACGAUCCCGCAGGCCCCGAGCCCACGACACCGGCCAAAUUCCAGCCCACGGCUCGGUUCUGGGCGAUUAUUGCAACGCUCUGUACCAUCGGGCUGCUGAGCUCGCUCGAGAACUCGGUCGUGACGACGGCGCUGCCGCGCAUAGUCACCGAGCUCAGCCUCGGCGAAGACUACAUCUGGGUGACGAAUUCGUUUUUCCUGACAGCGUGGGUGCCUCCCCCUCUCUCCCGCGCGCAAGCCGCAGUGCAGCCGCUAAUCGGGCAGCUGGCAAACCUGUUCGGGCGGCGCUGGGUGACCAUGGUGAUCGUGGCGUGCUUCACGCUGGGCAGCGGCAUCGCCGGCGGCGCGACCAACGAGGCCAUGCUGAUCGCGGGCCGCAGCAUCCAGGGCGUCGGCGCGGGCGGCAUCAACAUCCUCGUCGACAUCAUCGUGUCGGACCUCGUGCCGCUGCGCGAGCGCGGCAACUACAUCGCCGUCGUGCUGCUCGUCUACACGAUUGGCAUAAGUCUGGGCCCGUGGGUCGGCGGCGCGAUUAUCGACAGCACUACCUGGCGCUGGGUGUUUUACAUCAACCUCCCGGUCGGCGGUGUCGCCUUGGUCAUGAUCUUCCUGUUCCUGCACGUCAAGCACGACCGCACGCAGUCGGUGGGCCAGAAGCUGCUGCGCAUCGACUACAUCGGCAACGCGGUCCUCGUCGCGUCGACCGUGUCGGUGCUGUACGCGCUGACGUACGGCGGCGUGCGGCUGCCGUGGUCGUCGGGCCAGGUCAUCGCGCCGCUCGUCGUGGGGCUCGCCGGCUUCGUGCUGUUCGCGUGGUACGAGUCGACGUACGCGGGUGAGCCCGUGGUGCCGCCCGAGCUGUUCCGCAACCGCACGUCGGGCGUCAUCUUCGUCGCCACUUUCCUGAACUCGGCCCUGCUGUACUGGGGCAUCUUCUUCCUCCCCGUGUACUUCCAGGCCGUCCUCGGGAGCUCGGCCGCGCGCGCGGGCGUGCAGAUCCUGCCGUCGGUCCUCUUCGCCAUCCCCGGCGCCAUCGUCGCCGUCCUGCUGCUGUCGCGCUACGGCCGAUACAAGCCCAUCCACAGUGUCGCCUUCGCCGUGAAUACGCUUGGACUCGGCCUGUUCACCCUGUUCGAUGCCGACACGUCCAUGGCAGAGUGGGUGAUAUUCCAAGCCAUUGGGGCGACGGGCAGCGGCCUCGUGCUCAACACACUGCUGCCGGCGGUGCAGGCACAGGUGGAGGAGCGGCACCAGGCGGCGACGACGUCGGCGUGGUCGUUCACGCGGUCCUUUGGCAGCAUCUGGGGCGUCGCCAUCCCUGCGGCCAUCUUCAACAACCGCUUCGUCCACUUGCUGGCCGAGGCCGACAUCGACCCAGCCGUGCGCCAGCUCUUUGACGGCAACAACCACGGCUACGAGAACGGCCACGCCGACUUUAUCUGGGCAAUCCAGCCGCCCGAGGACCGCGACAAGAUCAUUGGCGUGUAUUCUGAAGCGCUGAAACUGAUCUGGCAGGUCGCCAUUGCGUUUGCGGGCACGAAUCUGCUCAUCACGUUUCUCGAGAAAGAGAUCCCUCUGCGGACCGAGCUCGAGACAGAGUUUGGCAUGGCCGAAGUCAAGGAAGAAGCAAACAGGACAACGAAGGCUGUGUGA